UUUUUCUACUUAUGAAUGACUUUUGGAGCCCCACAGCCCCGCUGCUCUCCGAGCCCGCUUCCCUACCCCCACCCCUCGCGUAGGGCCGGGCCUCCCCAGCGCAACGCGGGAAAUGGCUGCCCUCCACACGGGCCCCUCCAGACGAGCGAGGCCCUCACUCCGCGGCGGGGGGCGGCUCCGGCCCGGCGCGGACUCCCGGCGGCGGCCAUCAUGGCGACCGGGGUCUGCAGGCCCGCUCCGCUCCCCCCACCUCACCCAGUCGCUUUCCCUGUCGCCGCGAGGCAUCUUCCUUCUUUUGGACGCCUGGCGCGGUCCUGCGCUCGCCCCGCGUUGGAGAGACGUCUUGGCCCCCCUCCUGUGCCGGCGGCGACGACGGUCGGAGGUUGUAGCGGCUCGCGCGUAGGCGGUGGCGGCGUCGUGCGCUCUGCCCCGUCACAGCCGCCGGCGCGCAGUGCUCGCCCAGCCCAGCCCAGCCCAGCCCAGCCCCGCCAGCCGCCGCCGCGCUGCUCCCCGCCCUCCCUCCUUCCCUCCCUGCCCCCACCCGCUGCCUCAGCCCCCCGCGGAUGUCGCUGUUGCUGCCGCUGCCGCUCAGUGCGCGCAGGGCGGGAGCGAGGAGGAGACGGGAGACCCAAGCGGCUGGGCGCCAUUGAACACAAAAUGGGAAAGAAACAGAAUGGCAAAGGUAAAAAAGUUGAAGAGGCAGAGUCUGAAGAAUUUGUUGUAGAGAAGGUCCUGGACAGACGUGUUCAAAAUGGAAAGGUGGAAUACUUCUUGAAGUGGAAAGGAUUUACAGAUGCUGACAACACAUGGGAACCUGAAGAGAACUUAGAUUGUCCAGAGCUAAUUGAAGCUUUUUUGAACUCUCAGAAAGCUGGUAAAGAAAAAACAGACGGUGCCAAAAGAAAAUCUUUGUCAGAUAGUGAAUCUGAUGAUAGUAAAUCAAAGAAAAAACGUGAUUCUGUUGAUAAACCAAGAGGGUUUGCAAGGGGUCUUGCUCCUGAGCGGAUAAUUGGGGCUACGGAUAGCAGUGGAGAGCUUAUGUUCCUCAUGAAAUGGAAAGGCUCUGAUGAGGCAGAUCUGGUGCUGGCCAAAGACGCUAACAAGGAGUGUCCUCAGAUCGUAAUCGCUUUUUAUGAAGAACGACUAACUUGGCAUUCAUGCCCAGAAGAUGAAGCACAAUAAUUGUUCGCGUUGCUUUUUUUAUAUAUAAGAAUAUUAAAACCUGAAGUUUGAUUUAUUAGCAAUGUGAGAAGCAUACGUUCUAACAAGUUUUGAAUUUGAUAUUUUUUUGAAGUAGUAUGUUUUGCAUCAACAGCAAGUAAAUAAAAGCUUUCUGCAACUUGUUUCAUUUAUCACAAGAGAGCAUUUGAUACUACUACUUCCUCCAUAUUAGGUUAAAGCUUUUAUAAAACAUGGAUGAACUUCCAUAGUUAUUACAGGAUCAUAAUGAAUGUCUAAACAAACUCACAGAUGUUUUGUAGUCUUCUGUACUAUUGAUGUGCAUGUAUCUUCUUUACCCAAACCUAGCCCUUUAAACCUGUAGGGUCAUUCUUUUUAGUAUUUGGGAUCGCUUGGUCUUCAGAAGACUAGGUGAAAACUAACUUUGUAGUAAUUUGAAUGUUAUCAGACUUGUUAUUAUAUUGUUACUUAUAUUGUUUACUUUAUUGUAAAUAAUGGUGAACAGUGGUCAAUAAAAUAGUUUUAUAUUCUUCCUUUA